AUGAGACCCACUAUGAAAGAGCACAUGCUCCUUGCGGAGAAGAGUUGGGUUAAGGACAAGGAAAAGAGGCAGCAGGUCAUCGCUUCCGCCUUUAGAGGAAAUGCUGGAAACAUGUCACUGUUUCCGUACAAAGAAGGCAAAUGGGAUUUUCGAGCGCCGUACACGAUCUGGGACAUCACGCCGCCCUCGUGGAGCCCACCGCUUGAAAUGGAGCGCAUAGGCCGUCUUGGCGAUGGCGGCAAGUGGACGUGCGGGAUGUCGCGAUAUUCGGCAACGUUGAAAGAGAGCCAGAAAUGUAUCGUAUACUCGUUCGGUGUGGAGGACGACUCCAGCUUCGAAAACGAGUUUCUUUCUCGUGUCGAGGCGGCCGAAGUCUGGGCGUACGAUUUCAGCGUCAGCGACUUUGGCACCCAGCUGGAGCCGGGUAACCGGAACAGGGCGCACUUCACGCAGGCCGGGAUUGCAGGAAAGACGACGAGCCCAGAUGCCCAGCCGCCAUUUUACAGUAUUGCUGAUCUGAUGAAGCAAAAUGGACAUGAGUACAUUGACAUUCUCAAGAUGGAUAUCGAGGGCAGCGAGUUCGAGGCGCUGGAUGGCCUCAGCGAGGCCUUCCCUGCGAGCCAAGGUCUCGAGCUGCCUAUCGGCCAGCUCCUGAUCGAAGUCCAUAUGAAAACGCACGACACGGCGCAGUGGUAUCUUGAAUGGUGGGACAGACUUGCGGCCAGGGGGUUACGACCAGUGUGGACGGAGCCAAACGUUCUCGGCAUCGCGUAUAACAUGGUCAACGGCGAUCCAACGAUAGCGCUGGAGUAUACUUUCCUCAAUGUCCAGGAUCGCCGAAGCCGUAUAUUUAAAGGCACAACUUUAGACGUAGUACUUGCUUGA